AUGGAAGUCCUCAAGCAGCAUCUUUACGCCCUUGAGGCGCCAUCGCGUCCUCGAUCGGUGCCCAUGCAAGUCCUCGCCGUCGGGCCUUCGCGAUCUGGUACAGGCUCACUGCGAGCGGCGCUACAGCAGCUCGGCUAUAACCACUGCUACCACGGGUUUGACAUCGUCAACCAUCCCGAAGACGACGUCGUCUGGCAUCAGCUACGACUUAAACGAGAGCGCACUGGUACUCUGACGGCCGCUGAUUUUGAUGCUGUGAUUGGACACUGCGCCGCCAUCACCGACCACGCUGCGGCGGCAUUUGCGCCAGAGCUCAUUGCGGCGUACCCAGAGGCCAAAGUGAUUCUCAAUAUCCGCCAGGAUAUGGAUGCGUGGCAUCGCAGCGUCAUGGAGACUCUGAUGCCGCUGCACGAAAGUUGGAAGUUCUGGUUUCGUAGCUGGUUCUGUGCUGAGCUUUUUUGGAUGCAAGAGAGCUUUCUCAGGGGCAACUGGAACGCCUUUUACCGCGGCAGCUUCGAGAAGAAUUCCCGUCAAGUCUUGGUGGAGCACAGCCAGCGUAUUAGAAGCCUCGUGCCGCCGGAGCGGCUGCUAGAGUGGGAUGUCCACCAUGGAUGGGAGCCGCUGUGCCGGUUUCUUGACAAGCCGGUGCCUUCGACGCCAUUUCCCACAUUGCAUACCGUUCGUCGGUAUAAGCAGCUAUUCAAAGAACGCAUUGAGCAUGCGGACCGCAAUAUCACCCUGUGCAUCGCAGUUAUGGUGGGCUUGAUAGUCCUGUGGGCGAUGGUGCUCAGGUAA